AUGGGGAGCGCGCUGGAGACGCUGUGCGGGCAGGCGUACGGCGCGAAGCAGCUGCACAUGCUGGGCGUGUACCUGCAGCGGUCGUGGAUCAUCCUCAACGCCAUGGCCGUGCUCAUGCUCCCGCUCUACCUCUUCGCCACCCCGAUCCUGCGCCUCUUCCACCAGGACGCCGAGAUCGCCGACCUCGUGGGCCGCCUCGCGCUCUACAUGAUCCCGCAGCUCUUCGCCUACGCCUUCAACUUCCCCAUCCAGAAGUUCCUGCAGGCGCAGAGCAAGGUGGUGGCCAUGGCGGCCAUGUCGGCGGUCGCGCUGGUGUUCCACGUCGCGCUCAGCUGGGUCCUCGUCGGGCCCAUGCGGAUGGGGCUCGUCGGCCUCGCCGUCGCGCUCAACGCGUCCUGGUGGCUCGUCGUGCUGGGCCAGCUCGUCUACAUCCUCAUGGGCUACUGCCCCGGCGCCUGGAACGGAUUCGACUGCCUCGCCUUCUCCGACCUCUUCGGCUUCGCGCGCCUCUCCCUCGGCUCCGCCGUCAUGCUCUGCCUGGAGUUCUGGUUCUACAUGUUCCUGAUCGUCAUCGUCGGUAACCUGGAGAACGCUCGGGUCGCCGUUGCCGCAGUCUCCAUCUGCACCAACCUGCUCGGGUGGCAGAUCAUGGUGUUCUUCGGAUUCAACGCCGACAUCAGCGUGCGGGUGUCGAACGAGUUGGGUGCCGGGCGUCCCUGCGCGGCCAAGUUGGCGAUCCUGGUGGUGCUCAUGUCGUCGGUGGCCAUCGGGCUUGCCUUCUUCGCCCUCGUCCUGGCCUUCCGCGACGUCUACGGCGCGCCGUUCACGGAGAGCCCCGAGGUGGUGCGCGCCGUGGCCAGCCUCGGCGUCGUUUUCGCCUUCUCGCUGCUGCUCAACAGCGUGCAGCCGGUGCUGUCGGGCGUCGCCGUCGGCGCCGGCUGGCAGUGGCUGGUGGCGUACGUCAACCUCGGCUGCUACUACCUCGUCGGCAUCCCCGUCGGGUACCUCAUCGCCUUCCCGCUGCGCGGCGGGGUGCAGGGGAUGUGGGGCGGCAUGCUCUCGGGGGUCGGCCUGCAGACGCUCAUCCUGGUCGCCAUCACGCUGCGCACCAACUGGGACAAGGAGGCCAGCGAGGCGCACUCCAGGAUACAGAAAUGGGGUGGAUCGUCGUCGGCGGCGGCGGCCAAGGUUUCAGGUGACUGA